UGUCUUUACACACCUCCAGAACUCUUUGGUUAACUAGCACUGGGAUUAAAGGUGUGAGCCACCACACAUGGCUCGGUUCCCAGUGUGGAUUGAACUCACAGAGAUCCAGAUGAUUCUCUGCCUCCGGAAUGCUAGGAUUAAAGGCGUGUACUAUCACUGCCUGAGCUCUAUGUUUAAUACAUUGGCUGACUUUUUCCUCUGGUCCCCAGAUAAGCUUUAUUGAAGUGCACCAAUAAAAUAUCACCAAAGAGUUCUAAGCAGGUUGAUCAACUCUGGUGCCACCAGGGCACAGAUCCAGUGCUUUGAGUCCAUCAACCCCAACAACUACUGCAUCUACAAGCUGCUGGAACACAUGGAGGAGCUGGUCUUGCAGAACCAGUUGUCAACCCUAAAUAGUCUAGGUCCUAGGUGCACCUGCCAGACCCUAACUUGGGGCUGAUGUGCUGUGGCUGCACUGCUUUUAAACUGCUGGGAGACACAUCUGGUAAUGUUGUGGGGUGGGACAGGAGAGUGGCAUUUCCUGUGGGCUACAAGCAUAAAGGUGAGCCUGGCAAGCCUUGGGGAGGCCAACAUCAAGGAAAGAGAGGUGGGUGGCAGCCUGUAAUUCACAGGAACGUUCCGUCCACCACACCCUAUCCCAAAGCCCUAUCUAAUCAUAACCUCCUGUGUCUCUGGGCAACAGCAGGAUAUCUGAGAUGAUUCCCAGUGCUGGUGCAGUGUUUAUGGUCCAAAAGAAAACAGAUAUUACCAGGUGGUGGUGGCUCUGGGCUUUAAUCCUAUCAUUCUCAAGGCAGAGGCAGGUAGAUCUCUUUGCAGUUCAAGGCCAACCUGGUUUCCAAAGAAAGUUCUAGGAUAACCAGAGCUGUUACUCAGGGAAACCUUCUCUCAAAUAAACCAACCAAGAAAGAAAAGAAAAAAACAACAUCAGACAAACUGGACCAAUGAUUAGUGUAAUCCAAUAUUUGCAUAUAAAGCUGACUGGGCACAAUAAUAUACUGUGUGACAUGCUGCAUUUCUGAGAGGGAAGCUAAAGAACUUCACAUCUUCAAAUUAAAUCAGAAAGCAGAGAGAGUUAAUGGAGAAGGCUAGGGUAGUUAAUGUCCUUAAUAUCAAGGACAAUCACUGGGAUGAAGUUCUGCUACUAUGAUGGCUAUUUUUUGGUUGUCAACUUGACUACAUCUGGAAUGAACUACAAUCCAGAAAUGGAGGGCACACCUGUGAGAGAUGAUGAUGAUGAUGAUGAUGAUGAUGAUGAUGAUGAUUAUCACUAUUAUUUGCUUAGUUUGUUCUGGAUCAAGAGCAGGGAAACACUUACCUUUAUUGAGGAUCUCUAGGUGUUAAGACACACACCUUUAAUCCAGAUCUUGAGGCAAGAAGACACACCUUUAAUUUUGGCCACACCUUGUGCAAGAAGAGUAUAUAAGGCCAUGGAAAAAGGAGGAUUUUGCUUAUUUCUCCCUUGCCCUUUGCCUUGUUACCAAGCCCGUUCCUUCAGUGGAAUUCUUUCCUACUUCUUUGGGAUUCUAGCAAAUAUUGAAGACCAGCCAAGAGAUCCAGCUUUGUGGACCAAGCCUCUCCUGGAUUCAGCGACUUUCAGUUCAAGUCACCCAUUGUUGGAUUAGCUGUCCUGCAGCCUGAAUUGGCAACAAGAUAAAGUGUCCUAAUUGAGCAGAACAUCAUGGCAAGCCCCUUGGAAGAAAACAUCCUUGAAAAAGAUUUCAGGAUCUUAACAUCUCUAGCCUCUGGUGGAUUUGGGGAGGUGAAGCUAGCCUGCCACCUUCCUACACAUACACAGGUGGCUGUCAAGGUCCUGGAGAAGAAAAAGAAUUCUCUGACUGACAUCAACACUGAAGUAGAGAUACUUCAAUCUGUGGAACACAGAAACAUAGUUCAUUUUUUUCAUGUUGUUGACACAAGUUCAACAACUUAUCUGAUCAUGGAAUAUGUUUCAGGAAAUGACCUGGAUAUGUUCCUUGGGGAUAGAGACUUUCUAAAGGAGGAUGAGGUCAGACCAAUAUUCCAACAGGUCGUUUCAGGGGUUCAUUUUCUCCACCAAAAACGAAUUGCCCAUCGUGAUAUUAAAUUGGAAAAUGUCCUUAUUGACGGAGCUGGCAAUGUCAAGCUCUGUGACUUUGGUAUGGCCAGACAGCUGGCAGAGGGGCAGAUGUUGGAGGAAUUUUGUGGCACCUUGGUCUAUUCGGCUCCAGAGAUUUUGGCAAGGAAACCCUACGAUGGCCUGGAGGGAGAUAUGUGGAGCUUGGGAGUCCUCCUAUAUGUACUGGUCACAGGACAAUUUCCAUAUGACGAAACAACCUUUGAAGGUAUGUGCAGGGUCAUCACCACCACAAAGUAUCCCAUUCCUUACCACUUGUCAAAACCCUGCAUCAUCCUCAUUGAACAAUUACUCAUGGUCCCCAACAAGGACAGAAUAACCAUAUGUCAGCUCCAGGAAAAACAAUGGCUGGGCAACAUUAAAGAACAUGCAGCCCCUGAAACUAAGGAAAUCCUUCCGAGGGUCAUGGAGACCAUGUGCACCAUGGGCUACACCCAUGAGGAGAUUGUAUCAUCUCUGAACCACAAGCAACCAAAUAACCUAAUGGCAACCUUCAAUAUCCUCAAAUACAAACUGAGCUGUGGGGACAGCCAUCAGCAGAAUCAGGAUCCCUUCUUAAAUGGCAACACUGAAGGUGCCUUUCAGCCCCUACUCCCUUUGAAGAGAAAAGCCAGUGAACCUGCCUUUCCAACAAGUAUAGGAGAUGGGAAGAGACGAAAGAUACACUAUUCUCAAUAGACACUUAAGGGAAGAAAAAAGACCUGUUCAGUUGAAACAGUUACAGAAGGUGGUGUCCUGAUCGCGAAUGUCAUCAACAGUGCUGCAGGACACAUUGCAGUCAACAUGAAUUCUGUGGAGAGCCUGACUGGUGAUCUCUCCUCAGGUGAAUCAGCCCCAGAUUGAACACACAUGUGGUGUCUGAACAUAGGCUUCUCCACAGAGAAACCAUUUUGGGGGCCCAACAGGUCCAAUGACCAGUGCCAAGAUGACCUACAACAACUGGAUCCAUGUCACUCAGGGGCUGGAAGCUGAUGAAGAAGACAAUUUCCUAUGCACUGAGAGUACUGUUUACCGUGCUCCAAGCCCACUUCAUUGUGAGCCCUGAAUCCCUGUGUAAGCUACAAAGAAAUGAGAAGACUGUGCAGUGCAUAAGAGGCACAGUUCUUUGGCCGCCAAGAUGUUCUCCUCCAUU